AUGAAGCCACAUGAGGCACACGCCAAGACCAGAGCCCGGCGAGGCUCAGAGCAUGACGAGUACGACACAGCAGCACGACUGGGGUUCAGAAUCGAGGACUUCUUGGCAUGUCUACGAUCUGGAAAUCAAUCACCACAGCGCCGAGUCACGGUCAUCAUUCAUCAGAUGCACCACAGGUCGCCCCUGGAGACGCGACUCUUGAGCGCAGUGAACCAACCAAUGUCAGAAGCGAGAUAUCUCCACACCGCGCGGACGGUCGAUCACGGUGGUACUAACCAGCUCCUCCUAAGGCUCGAGGCGAUCCUCGACUACUCGGACGCGUUGAGAGAGGUCUUCGGGGCAAGAUGCAACCCGCGUCCGUCGCCGGGCGGUUGCCGGGACCCGGGUCCAACCACACUUGCUGCGGCCGUUAUCCUGUUCUGGACUAGGACAGCUCUGCCUACUGGUGAUUCUAUCUCCGACUCGGAUAGGGGUCUGCACUCAGAUGCUCCGGACGAACUCGAACUCCCGAGGCCUGCGGAAUUCAGCAUCGGGGAGGCGUACAUGAGGCAAUCGAUUGUCUCAUUCCGAAUACGCUCCAACCAGUACGGAUCGCACAUCUCUCUAAACGAUCAAUACGGCGCAAGCGAGGCUGGUCUCCUCAUCAGGCUGCAGCAGUAA